CUCUCGGUGUUGAUCCCGCUCUCUCCCCCCGUUGAUCCCGGUCUUUAUCCCGCUGUUCCCGCAGGCUGCUACAAGAUCACGACCGUGUUCAGCCAUGCCCAGACCGUGGUGCUCUGCGUUGGCUGCUCCACCGUGCUCUGCCAGCCCACGGGGGGCAAGGCGCGGCUCACCGAAGGGUGUUCCUUCCGGAGGAAGCAGCACUAAGGGAUGGAUGCGGCUCCGCUGGGACCUCGGCGCCGGCGCGGGGAGGAGGCCAAUAAAGUGUGGAUAAAAUAGGGA